AUGGAAGAUGACUGGAAUGAGUUGUUGACACUUCUGACUCCGGCCAUAAAAAAACAGGAUACCGUUAUGCGUCAAGCUAUAUCACCGAGGGACAGACUCACUGUGACUCUUCGAUAUUUAGCAACAGGCAAUACCUUUCAAGAUUUGAGCUACUCCACUCGCAUAGCCGCGAACACAAUUUCAAAAGUGAUUGACGAAACUUUAAGAGCAAUAGUAGAAGUACUCGACUCAAAAGUAUGGAAUUUCCCAUCAUCGCCGGAGGAAUGGCAGGUUAUCGCUCACAAAUCCGAUACUUUAUGGAAUUUUCCUCAUUGCAUCGGUGCGCUGGAUGGGAAACACAUCAAUUUUCGUCCCCCUCGAAGUGACGGAUCGAUUUACCGUAAUUAUAAGGGAAAAGACAGCAUUGUGCUUCUGGGUCUUGUCGAUGCUGAAUACAGAUUUUUGUUCGUUGACGUCGGAAGAAAUGGACGUAUGCACGAUUCUGCUGUUUUGCGUGAGAGGCCAUUAUGGACUAAGAUCAACGAUGGAACGUUGAACUUACCUGCUCCAUGUGAAAUUCCAGGCUUUUGUUACAAAUCACCGUACGUGAUUGUCGGUAACGACGCAUUUGCCUUGAAACCUAAUUUGUUAAAGCCGUUUCCGGAUAGAAACUUGACGCUUGACAAAAGAAUAUUCAACUACAGAUUGAGCCGUGCUCGCAGAACUGUUAAAAACGCUUUUGGCAUACUGGCAAACAGAUGGCGCGUUUUACUUUCUACGAUAUCUCUCUCCGUUCAAAAAAUUCUCGAGUUUUUGGAUAUUCGCCGAGGACUUCUGGGAAAUUUCGAGAAAUUCCGGAGAGUUUUGGUUGUCGGUGAUGUCAAAACAGCACGCGACCACGCUUCAGAGCCAUCAGAGGCGCCACUUUCUAGCAGCGCUCCCAGCAGAGCAGCCAUCCUAGCAGAGAUGAGUAGGGAGAUCUCGAACGCUCGGCUUUUCGUGAUACCAGCUAGAUUGGAACGUCGACGUGACACCUAG